CUGGACUGUGCCCACAGCUGGACCAAGCUCCCUGGCUGAGUGUCCAGGACACGGUACUCUGCCAGCCUUGCCAACUGGGCCGCUAUCUGCUGUGGUGAGUGGUGCCCGCUGGACGGGACUCUCCUUGGUCUCUGCUCAUCCUUCUUUGCCUGCAGAAACCUGUGAUGAUUCAGGAUUCUGAAAGUGAGGGGAGCUCCGGGGCUUUUAUAGGCCCAGGUGGGUGGCAGAGCAAAGGAGAAAUGGACUGUGGGCCACCUGCAACGCUCCAGCCCCACCUGGCUGGGCCACCUGGUGCUGCCUGCCGCCCAGUAGCUGUGUGCCAGCAGGAGAGCCUGUCCUUUGUGGAGCUGCCCACCCUACAGCCUCUAAGUCCUGUGUGCCUGGACCUUUUCCCUGUUGCCCAAGAGGAGCUGCGGGCUCCUGGGAGUCGCUGGUCCCUGGGGACCCCUGCCCCUCUCCAAGGGCUGCUAUGGCCCCCAUCCCCAGCAGGCCCAGAUACGGAGAUCUCCACCAGCACAGGGAUGCGGCCCAGCAGGGCUGGCAGCUGGCCCCACUGCCCUGGAGCCCAGGCCCCAGCUCUGGAGGGACCCUGGCGUUCUCAGCACAUGCAGCCACAGCGUCGGGCCAGCCACGGCUCGGAGAAGAAGUCAGCCUGGCGCAAGAUGCGGGUGUACCAGCGUGAAGAGGCCACCAGUGGCCCAGAGCCCCAUGCUGUCUUCCUGGAGCCUGGCCGGCCAGCACAGGAACCAGCCCUGCACACAGCGGAGCCCAGGCCAGUAGAGCUGUCUGGGACACCCAGACAGCUAGGCCUGGAGGGGCCUGAGCGGAGGCGCUUCUCAGCGUCUGAGCUGAUGACCCGGCUUCACUCUUCACUGCGCUUGGGACGGAGUUCCGCUGCCAGGGCACCAGCCUCUGGAGCAGGCACGGGAGCUGCACGGGAAGGGAAAGCACCUGGAAGAGAGUCUCGCAACACAGAGAUGAGGGCGGACAGUGUAGCCCUGCCGACACUUGUUGACCUGAAGGAGGGCCACACCGACUGGCCGGAGCCAAGGCUGGACGCGCAGAAAGAGCUGCCUCCAGACCCCAAGGGCGACAAUGAGCGGCGGCAAUCGCGAUUCCUCCUUAACUCUGUCCUCUACCAGGAGUACAGCGACGUGGCCAGCGCUCGAGAGCUGAGGCGGCAGCAGCGCGAGGAGGAGGUCCCCGGGGACGAGGCGGAGGGCGCGGAGGAGGGGCCCGGGCCGCCGCGCGCCAACCUCUCCCCGAGCAGCUCCUUCCGGGCGCAGCGCGCAGCGCGCGGCUCCACCUUCUCGCUGUGGCAGGACAUCCCCGACGUGCGCGGCAGCGGCGUCCUGGCGACGCUGAGCCUGCGAGACUGCAAGCUGCAGGAGGCCAAGUUUGAGCUAAUCACCUCCGAGGCCUCCUAUAUCCACAGCCUGUCGGUGGCUGUGGGCCACUUCUUGGGCUCCCCUGAGUUGAGCGAGUGUCUAGGAGUGCAGGACAAGCAGUGGCUAUUUUCCAAACUGCCCGAGGUCAAGAGCACCAGCGAGAGGUUCCUGCAGGACCUGGAGCAACGACUGGAGGCAGAUGUGCUGCGCUUCAGCGUCUGCGAUGUGGUGCUACACCACUGCCCGGCCUUCCGCCGCGUCUACCUGCCCUAUGUCACCAACCAGGCCUACCAGGAGCGCACCUACCAGCGUCUGCUCCUGGAGAACCCCAAGUUUCCGGGCAUCUUGGCUCGCCUGGAGGAGUCUCCCGUGUGCCAGCGGCUACCCCUCACCUCCUUCCUCAUUUUACCUUUCCAGAGGAUCACCCGCCUCAAGAUGCUAGUGGAGAACAUCCUGAAGCGGACAGCACAGGGCUCCCAGGACGAAGACAUGGCCACCAAAGCCUUCAACGCUCUCAAGGAGCUGGUGCAAGAGUGCAAUGCCAGCGUGCAGUCCAUGAAGAGGACAGAGGAGCUCAUCCACCUGAGCAAGAAGAUCCACUUUGAGGGCAAGAUCUUCCCACUGAUCUCUCAGGCCCGCUGGCUGGUCCGGCAUGGGGAGCUGGUGGAGCUGGCACCGCUGCCCGCAGCACCACCUGCCAAGCUAAAGCUAUCCAGCAAGGCAGUCUAUCUGCACCUCUUCAACGACUGCUUGCUGCUGUCCCGGCGGAAGGAGCUGGGGAAGUUCGCUGUCUUCAUCCAUGCCAAGAUGGCAGAGCUGCAGGUGCGGGACCUGAGCCUGAAGCUACAGGGCAUCCCCGGCCACGUGUUCCUCCUGCAGCUCCUCCCCAGGCAGCACUCCAAGCACCAGUUCCUGCUGAGGGCACGCACAGAAAGUGAGAAGCAGCGAUGGAUCUCAGCCCUGUGUCCCUCCAGUGCCCAGGAGGACAAGGAGGUCAUCAGCGAGGGGGAAGACUGCCCCCAGGUUCAGUGUGUCAGGACAUACAAGGCCCUGCAGCCAGACGAGCUGACCCUGGAGAAGACAGACAUCCUGGCAGUGAAGACUCGGACCAGUGACGGCUGGCUUGAGGGGGUCCGCCUGGCUGAUGGCGAGAGGGGCUGGGUGCCCCGGGCCUACGUGGAAGAGAUCAGCAGCCUCAGUGCCCGCCUCCGCAACCUCCGGGAGAUCAAGCGGGUCACGAGUGCAGCCAGCAAGCUGGGGGAGCUCCCCGCGUGACAGGAUGCGCAGCGGGGGUGCCUGGCUGCCCAGCUGCGAUGUCUCCUGCCCAAGCCACCACUGUUGGCCUCUGUCUGUGGCCCUGGCACCGAGGGCACAGGCCUGGAGCGGGAGUUGGACCCCCAGAGGGCCCCCCUGUCCUCAACACUCGUCAGUGUCUGCCCUGGAGGGCUGGCGUCAGCUUCUUCUGGCAUGGGGGCCAGGACAGGCAUCUGCUGAGACCUGGCCAGACCAGGGUUCUCCCUCCUGUGCUUCCACCCUGCCGACACCUGGUCACUGCGGCAGGGCUGUGGCUGGGACCUGCACGUCUCUAGAAUCUUCCUCUCCAGCUCCUUGCCAUGCCCUCCAGGCCAGGAGCAUCCUGGGCUGCCAGGACGGGACUGACCUUUUCUGGAAUUCUAGUAACCCCAAGGGUGACAAGAAUCCUCCUAACCCGGAGGGGACAAGGGGCUGUGUAUCAGUUAGGUCACUCUCAGCUGCAAGGAGCACAGUGUCAGCUCUGAGAGGGCUUAACUAUU